AUGGAGACUCUAGAGGGCUCAGUUGAAAUGACUGCUGCUCAGUUCUACUUCAUGACUCUCUUGCCAGAGUCUGGAGGACCAGCAAAGGAACUAACCCAGGCCACUCUGUACCUCGCUUCCGGUAGCACCUCGUUGCUCCGGGAGCGGCUAUUGCCGCGUACGCAGUUUCCAUGGGAACUGAAGAUGGCACCGCGAGGUAAACGCUUGUCCUCCACGACCCUGGAAAUCCUGUUCUUUUUGAAUGGAUGGUAUUAUGCUACCUAUUUCCUGCUGGAACUCUUCAUAUUUCUGUACAAAGGUCUCCUGCUACCUUAUCCAACAGCCAACCUAGUACUGGAUGUGGUGAUGCUCCUCCUCUAUCUGGGGAUGGAAAUUAUUCGGCUGUUUUUUGGUUCAAAGGGAAACCUCUGCCAACGAAAGAUGCCACUUGUUAUUAGCGUGGCCUUGACCUUCCCAUCCGCCACGAUGGCCUCCUAUUACCUGUUGCUGCAGACCUACGUGCUCCGCCUGGAAGCCAUCAUGAAUGGCGUCUUGCUCGUCUUCUGUGGCUCAGAGCUGCUGCUGGAGGUGCUCACCCUGGCCGCUUUCUCCAGAGCGUCUUGGGUGAAGCACCCAAGCUCCUUGGGCUUCCAGCAGACCCUCGGCCCCUGCGCACUGUGUUCCCGGGAGUAG